CUUUCCUCUGUGGGAUGAAUGCUGAAGAGCCACUCGGAUGGAAGGACAGAGGGCAACCUGCACGUCGCACCUGUGGCAUGGUUCAACAUAAGGUGAUUAGACGACUGGCGUUGGUCUAGAGCUUUGUGCGCCAAACUUUUGGAUUGUGGUGAUAAGACGCACUUUUUUUUCUGUCCUGUUGGAUUGGAGUUUUGGUCCGUCAUGAAGAACGACCCUUGACGGCAAGACAUGGAUUUUGCGCGGAGAGUUUGGCUUUUCCUUCGUCUAAAACACGAAGAACUCAACUCUGGAAAUGAUGCUGUAAAUCUCAGAGUUUCAUAUCUGUAAGUAAAUGCUAGUAUAGCAGAAUCAGGAUGAAAAGAUGGCAACCAUGCUGUUACCAACGGGUCCUGAUGGCUUGCGGCGGUUCACUCGCGAAUCCAUGGCUGCGCUGGAGCAGCGGAUUGCGCAGGAGCAGGCCAAGAACGUCAAGGACUGCCACGAGGCUCACAGGAACGCAGAGUCACCCAAACCCAGGCUCGACCUGGAGGCAGGCAAGCAGCUGCCGCGCAUCUUCGGUGACAUCCCUACAGAACUUGUCGGGGUGCCACUGGAAGACAUUGAUCCAUUUUACUACAAGAACCAGAGGACUUUUAUAGUACUUAACAAAGGGAAGGUCAUCUUCAGAUUCAGUGCCACAUCUGCAGUUUACAUAUUUAGUCCAUUACACUUCAUCAGAUCAAUCGCCAUAAAAAUUUUAGUCCAUUCAUUGUUCAGCUUGUUCAUAAUGUUCACUAUACUGACCAACUGCUGCUUCAUGGCCAUGUCUGAUCCGGCACCAUGGACAAAGUACCUGGAGUACACUUUCACUGGCAUUUACACUUUCGAGUCGGCGAUAAAGAUUUUAGCAAGAGGAUUCUGUAUAAUGCCGUUCACCUUCUUGAGAGAUCCAUGGAACUGGCUGGACUUCAGCGUCAUUUCCAUGGCAUAUCUGACAGAAUUUGUAGACCUCGGAAACGUCUCAGCGUUGAGAACCUUCAGAGUACUACGAGCACUGAAAACCAUCUCAGUCAUCCCAGGUCUGAAGACCAUCGUCGGCGCUUUGAUCCAGUCCGUGAGGAAGCUGGCAGACGUGAUGAUCUUGACCGUCUUCUGCCUCAGCGUGUUCGCCCUCAUCGGCCUGCAGCUCUUCAUGGGCCUGCUGCGGCAAAAGUGCAUCCGCAGCCUCGCCCACUGCGUCAACUCCUCCUUUAGCCCCAACGCAUCCUUCAUCUGCAACAACAGAACCUGGAGCUCCAGGGCGGACUUCCUCACCAGUGAAGAUAAUUUUUACAAAGUUGAAGGAGCAAAGGAUGCCUUAAUAUGCGGAUAUGGAAGUGAUGCAGGGAAGUGUCCAGAUGGAUUUGACUGCCUAAAAGUAGGGAGGAAUCCAAACUAUGGCUACACCAGUUUUGAUACCUUCGGCUGGGCUUUUCUGGCCCUCUUCCGACUCAUGACACAAGACUACUGGGAGAAACUGUUUCACCAGACACUGCGCUCAGCAGGGAAGACCUACAUGAUUUUCUUUGUGCUGGUAAUCUUCCUGGGCUCCUUCUACCUGGUCAACCUCAUCCUGGCUGUAGUGGCCAUGGCCUAUGAGGAGCAGAAUCAGGCAACCAUCGCUGAGGCCUGGCAGAAGGAGAGGGAGUUUCAGCUGGCCAUGGAGCACCUUCGCAGAGAACAAAGAUUGGCAGCAAAAAGACAACAAGCACAGGAUACAGACUCAGUGUUGUCCCCAGAGUUGUCUCCAUUCUGUCUGAAGAUGGGCAGCAUACGCCGAAGCAGCAGCCGGAGAAGAAGAUCGCAUCAGGCGUUGUCGGAGGAAACAGCAGAGGAAGCUGCUGAAGAGAAGUUUGACCCACUGGAUGAGCCAAUGCCAUCUCUGUCUCCCCUUCCGGUCCACCCUCUGCUGGCCACGCUCUCCUCUCACCCCCUCAGCACCAGGAGGGGAAGCCAGGUCAGCGUCUUCAGCGCUUUCCGGCCGCGCAACAACUCAGAGGCUGACUUUGGGGACGACGAGUACAGCACGCAUGGGGACGCCUUCAGGAGUCGCACCAGUUCAACAACAACGGCCUGGAAGAAGAGGACGGGCAGUGUGCGGAGCCACUGCUCUCAAAUCUUCACCCCCAGCCUCAACAUCAAUGGCCGGCUCAACAUCUCCAUUGAUCAGAAUGGAGUCACCACUCUGGGCCUACACACUCCCACCUCCAUGCCUGCUUACAGCAUGGAGAGGGUCAGGGAAGACACACUCACCAGUGUGGAGGACACAGUCACCAGACUUUUCCUCCAGCCCUCCCCAACAGUGACUGAGCCCCUUCCAGUACAAAGGAAAAGAGGGCUGAGCUCUGUCAGCUUCUUCAGCGAUGCCAUGGGGGAGCUAGAGGUGUCGAGGCAGAAGUGCCAUCCCUGCUGGUACACAUUCGCCAAGAAGUACCUGAUAUGGGACUGUUGCCCCUGGUGGCUGAAGUUGAAGGACUGGGUGAAGUUCAUGGUGAUGGACCCUUUCCUGGAUCUGGGUAUCACCAUAUGCAUUGUGCUGAACACCCUCUUCAUGGCCCUGGAGCACUAUCCCAUGACUGAUGAGUUCAACACGAUGCUUUCAGUGGGCAAUCUGGUUUUCACAGGAAUCUUUACAGCUGAGAUGGUGCUGAAGCUGAUCGCCAUGGACCCCUACUACUACUUCCAGCAGGGCUGGAACAUCUUUGACGGCAUCAUUGUUUGCCUCAGUCUGAUGGAGUUGGGUCUUUCCAAUGUAGAGGGGCUGUCUGUCCUGCGAUCUUUCAGACUGUUACGCGUCUUCAAGCUGGCAAAAUCCUGGCCCACUCUCAACACUCUCAUCAAGAUCAUCGGCAACUCGGUGGGCGCCCUGGGAAACCUGACGCUGGUGUUGGCCAUCAUCGUGUUCAUCUUCGCUGUGGUGGGCAUGCAACUGUUCGGGAAGAACUACCAGGACUGUGUGUGUAAGAUCUCCAUCAACUGCCAGCUGCCUCGCUGGCACAUGAAGGACUUCUUCCACUCCUUCCUGAUCGUGUUCCGGGUGCUGUGCGGCGAAUGGAUAGAGACCAUGUGGGAUUGUAUGGAAGUGGCCGGGCAACCCCUCUGUAUCCUGGUGUUCAUGUUGGUCAUGGUUAUUGGGAACUUGGUGGUGUUGAAUCUUUUUCUGGCCCUGCUGCUCAGCUCCUUCAGCUCCGACAACCUCUCUGCCCCAGAAGAAGAUGGCGAUUUGAACAACAUCCAGAUCGCCAUCGCCCGCAUCCAUUCCGGUGUCACCUGGCUCACCACGUGCAUCGCCGACCUCUUCAACCGCGGCUUGAAGCGUCGGAAGCAGAAGGUCAAUCAGGCCACCAAGCUGGUUGGGAAUCACGUGGAAAGCAAUGGUGGGAUUUUUGGACGCUAUGGCGAAAAGUACAUCAUACCAGAGGGGGACAGCUACAUGACGAACCCCAACUUGACGGUCAUCGUUCCCAUCGCACCCGGAGAGUCGGAUGUGGAGUUUCUGGAGGAGGAGGAGGUUUCUGAGUCGUCAGAGGAAGAAGACAAGGAGAUAAUCAGCCUAUCAGAGGGCAGCACGGUGGAUCUGAGGAAGCCUGGAGAAGAGGUGGACAACUUGUCAGAGCUGGCUGAAGAGAGUAUGGAGCCGGAGGAAUGCUUCCCAGAAUUGUGCAUGAGGCACUGUCAGUGCUGUGAAAUCGAUACAAGCCGUGGUCUGGGCCAGGCCUGGUGGAGGCUGAGGAAGACCUGCUACCAGAUCGUGGAACACAGCUGGUUUGAGACUUUCAUCAUCUUCAUGAUCCUGCUCAGCAGUGGGGCUCUGGCAUUUGAAGAUAUCUACAUUGAGAAGAGAAAAGUCGUGAAGGUGGUGUUGGAGUAUGCCGACAAGGUCUUCUCCUACAUCUUUGUGCUGGAGAUGUUCCUCAAGUGGAUCGCGUACGGCUUCAAGAAGUAUUUCACCAACUACUGGUGCUGGCUCGACUUUCUUAUCGUGGACGUGUCCUUGAUAAGCCUGGUUGCAAAUUCACUGGGAUAUUCCGACUUUGCUGCGAUCAAGUCCCUGAGGACUCUCCGGGCUUUGAGACCUCUCAGAGCUCUGUCCAGAUUUGAGGGCAUGCGGGUGGUUGUGAACGCUCUCAUAGGAGCCAUCCCUUCCAUCAUGAAUGUGCUGCUCGUGUGUCUCAUCUUCUGGCUCAUCUUCAGCAUCAUGGGGGUCAACCUGUUUGCUGGCAAGUUCGGGAAGUGCGUGAACAAAACCGGCUUCAUCCACAGUGUCUCCAUAGUCAACAACAAGUCAGAGUGCCUCUCUAUGAAUGCCACUCAGUUCUACUGGACAAAGGUGAAGGUCAACUUCGACAACGUGGGACUUGGCUACCUUUCCCUUCUGCAAGUGGCUACAUUUAAAGGAUGGAUGGAAAUAAUGCACGCAGCUGUUGACUCAAGAGGAGUGGAGGAACAACCCAUCAGAGAAAUCAACCUCUACAUGUACCUCUACUUUGUCGUCUUCAUCAUAUUCGGUUCCUUCUUCACCCUCAAUCUCUUCAUCGGUGUCAUUAUUGACAAUUUCAAUCAGCAAAAAAGAAAGUUAGGUGGGCAGGAUAUCUUCAUGACUGAAGAGCAGAAGAAGUACUACAACGCUAUGAAGAAGUUGGGAUCUAAAAAGCCUCAAAAGCCGAUACCAAGGCCUGCGAAUGUUCUCCAAGCCUUCUUCUUCGAUCUCGUGUCCAAGCAAGCCUUUGACAUCAUGAUCAUGAUGCUCAUCAUCAUCAACAUGGUGACCAUGAUGGUGGAAACCGAUGAACAGUCAGAGCGCAAGGAAACCAUCCUCAACAAGAUCAACCUGGCCUUCAUCGUGAUCUUCACCACCGAAUGCCUGAUCAAGAUCUUUGCCCUUCGCUGUUAUUUCUUCACAGUUGCAUGGAACAUCUUUGAUUUUGUGGUGAUAAUUCUCUCUAUUGUGGGAAUCGUUCUUGCCGACAUCAUUGAGAAGUACUUUGUUUCUCCGACCCUGUUUCGGGUCAUCAGACUGGCAAGGAUAGGACGGGUACUUCGACUUAUACGUGCAGCCAAAGGAAUAAGGACUCUACUGUUUGCCUUAAUGAUGUCCAUGCCAGCGCUGUUCAACAUUGGCCUCCUGCUUUUCCUCGUCAUGUUCAUCUAUGCGAUCUUCGGUAUGGCGAACUUUGCCUACGUGAAAAAACAAGAUGGGCUUGACGACAUGUUCAACUUUGAGACCUUUGGGAAUAGCAUGAUCUGCCUUUUUCAGAUCAGCACCUCGGCUGGUUGGGACAACCUCCUGAGUCCCAUCAUGGCCAGCUCCCCAGAGGAGUGCGACCCCCGCUUUGUCAACACUGGCACUAACACCCGGGGAAACUGUGGCAGCCCCUCAGUGGGCAUAGCUUUCUUUGUCAGUUACAUAAUCAUUUCCUUCCUCAUUGUGGUGAAUAUGUAUAUAGCUAUCAUUCUGGAGAACUUCAGCGUUGCCACUGAGGAGAGCACAGAGCCGCUGAGCGAGGAUGACUUUGAAAUGUUUUAUGAGGUCUGGGAGAAGUUUGAUUCUGAGGCCACGCAGUUCAUCGAGUUCUCCAUGCUGUCAAUCUUCGCUGACACCUUGUCGGAGCCGCUGCGCAUAGCCAAGCCCAACAGGAUCAAGCUGAUCUCCAUGGACCUUCCCAUGGUCAGCGGGGAUAGGAUCCACUGCCUGGACAUCCUGUUUGCCUUCACAAAGCGCGUCCUGGGAGAGUCGGGUGAGAUGGACGCCCUCAAGCAGCAGAUGGAGGAGAAGUUCAUGGUGACCAACCCCUCCAAGAUUUCCCACGAGCCCAUCACGUCCACACUGCGCCGCAAACUGGAAGAAGUGUCCGCGAUCGUCAUCCAGAGGUGUUACAGGAGGCACCUGGUGCGCCGGCAUCUGAAGCAGGCAUCGUACCUCUACAGACAAAUAAACUACGAGACUGUGGUGGAUAUGGAGAAUGCUCCGGAAACGGAGGGGCUAAUAGCCUCCAUGAUGCAUCACUAUGGACUUGUCGAGGUGGAGAUUGCACAGACAACAGAAGACACUCUACUGUCCUCGCCACCAUCUUAUGACAGCGUGACCAGAGCAGCCAGUGACCUCUCUGAGGUCGCCAGAUCAAUACCCAGAGACUCUGAACUCGGGGAGCCUGGUGAGAACUACGAGGAAACUUUCCUUUGAGACUCGACUAUGUGGAGAGUGUUUGUGUGGUUUUGGUCUUUUUUGUUUACAGCAGAGAAUAUAGCUCAAAAUGGUCAAAGAGAUGAAACAUUUUUAUAUAUUCGCAGAUGCCGAGGAAAUAUGCAAUAUUUUGAAGUAACUCAGCCUCUGUUUAAAUUGAACAACCCAGAAGUCAAUUUUGUUGCACAGUCAAAACCUCCAUGAGAGGAAGUUGAUCUUCUCUUAAAAAUGUACAUUUGGCAAUUUAAAACACCAAGAUAGGAAAAAAAAGAUCCACUCUAUUUUAAUGUAUACCUAUAUUUAACAUGAAUAACGCGUAAGCUCACACGUGUCAACUAUAUUUACUCAAAACACCACACGAUAUGCGGUUUUUUUUCAUAUCAAUAAACACUGAACAUCACCUUCAACAGAGGAAACUGUUUUGAAAAUGAAAUUCAUAUUUAACACUUUCAAAGUGUCACAAGUCGUCUUCUUGGACCUGUGGUAUUUGUCCAAAUUCAUAAUUUUGCCACCCCUGGAAAUGUUGUUAGCUCAAUAGCUAGCUAGCAGACAUUCCCUGUAAUUAUCAUAUUACAGUUGGAGGUUUAUUUUGAUCUAUUUUUGUUGCAAAAACUCCUGAGCACUUGUAAAGUGAAAUGUGUAUCUGGAGCCAAAUAUCACCUCAAGGGUAAGGACGGGAGAGACACUAAAGGGACAGAUACAAUUAGUUUCAGCUACUUGAUCAACACAACAGAAGGGGACACAGACGUAAGCCUUAUUUUCAUAGGCAAAGGUAGCUAACAAACUAAAGUAGCUAACUAGCAUUAGCAACAUUUCUUACAGAAAACAGCAUUUGAUACUUUGUAAGAACAGAUUCAAGCCGCUGUAAUUACGAACUUGUGUUUCUAAAAAAAAAACUAUGUCUCAAAAAAAUAUAUUGAGAAAAUGCCGCUUUGUCACAUUUUCUACAAACACAAGUUACUUUGUACACAUGUUCAGCUGUUUGGCUGCUGCUGCAAAUUCCGCUGUACAAGUGCUCUGAGAUUUUGAAACGCUUCGCUUCACCAGCAAAAUGUAGUCACGCAGAAAACAAACCAACAGACCGGCUAUCUGAAAACAGAUUAAGAAUAUCGAACAGCGCACAAUUCCCACCGAACAUCUCACAGUAAGCCACUAAACUGCUGUUGUUUUGGAUUCGCAUUCAUGACUGUAGCUGCUUAUUCAGGUAUUACUAAUAUGACUUUAACCAAAGCUAACAUUUGCUCAUAACUUUUUCCGACAUUUUGAAAUUUAAGGCAAAACGCAUAACUAUUCGUAAGUCAGCAUUAUGAAUGGAUAAUAAUUUCUAAUGUUUGGAAUUUAUUUAUUUAUUAAUGAGUUGUGUGAUCAAUGAAAUUAUUCAUUUGAUCGAAUGAAGGUGCUCCAUACUGUAUGUGAUGAUGAAAAUAUGGCCCCUGGUUAAAAUAGUAUCAAGUGAAUUCAGGUCAUGACAUGAGGAAAUUCACAAUUUCUUGCAAUCGUAUUGUCCAAUAUGUACUACUACUAAUAUGAAGAAAUAUGCUGAGAUGGUUAUUAUGUGAACAGCUACAAUUUCUAAUUAAUUUGUCAAACAUAGCACAUUUCAAGUUUAACUUGUACCGGUUAUAAAGAAGAGCAGUGUGUACUAAUAAUCCCUGAAUUAUGUGCCUGAUUUUGACUGUUGUCUGCACACUGAAUCUCUUUAGGCCAUUUAAUUUGAUCUGAUGGAUGUGGAUUGGAAGAGCAUGAAUGCACUGAAAGCUCAUUUUGUAAUCAACUGUGUAAAGUACUUUGAGGCUGUGAAAUAUAUGUGAAGCUAAUUAUUUUUACAUAUUUUUUGUAAUGUAUUUAUAUUGAAAGACAAUUUCAGUGACUCUCAUGACAGCCAUAACAAGAUAUGAUCAAAUUAUAUAAAUAUACUGUGUUCAUUUUUAUAUAAAAGACUUUCCUUAAGGACCUGAUUGUCUGUAUUGCAUUUAGGUUGAUCGUUUCAUGGAUUGUUUUAUGAAAUGGUAAUAAAACUCUU